UGAGGGACACAAAUAUAUUGUGAAAUUGAGACCAUUUGUCUGUAAGAUGAUGUGGUUGAAUUGUGGAGGAAAAACAGACAAUAAAAAAAGUUCAUUAACAUGAUGACGUGUUCAAUAUUGUGUGAAAAGUGACUAAAGAAAAAUGUAUUUGAGAUGGGAAGAAGGAAGGAUGUCUUUAGAGGAGGAGGCUACACAGAGAGUGAUUACCAUUUAUUUCCAGGCACUAUUCUAGAAACUUUGUAUGUAUCAUUCUACUUCAGCCAUCUGAAGAGGCCAUAAAGUAUUUUUAUUCCUAACUUUCAGAUAAUGAGAUAGACCUAGAGAGAUUAAGUAAACUUAAUCAAAGUCAAAUCUUAAGGAAAUGGAAGACUUGAUAUUUGACUGAUAUUCUGUUGGACUCCAACUGUCUCCCUACCACUGUCUUUGAAAGGCAGGUUGAUAUGUCUCUGGAUGGCAUUAAGAUAUCUUAUGAAUGUAUAUCACAGCACCAACCUGUAAACUCUCUAGAGAUAAGCCCAUUUCAUCAGCACCUAGUGAUAUGGGCUACACAUGCAAUGCCCAUCAUAUAGACCUGGACAACUCAGUUCUGAGCUCCAGAGCACUAAAUAGACAAGUGGUAACUUCAUGCAUCCUGUGGUUCCUGUAGUUCCUUUUCUUUAGGUGUAUGGAGAAAAUUGCAAUGGAACAAGGGAACCUCACGUGGGUAUCAGAAUUUGUCUUCCUGGGACUCUCACAGACUCGAGAGCUCCAGCUUUUCCUGUUUCUGGUGUUCCUGUUUGUCUAUACCACCACUGUCAUGGGAAACCUCCUCAUCAUGGUCACGGUGACCUCAGACACACGGCUCCACACACCCAUGUACUUUCUGCUCCGAAAUCUGGCUGUCUUAGACCUCUGUUUCUCCUCUGUCACUGCCCCAAAGAUGCUGGUGGACUUCCUCUCUGAGAAGAAGACCAUCUCCUACCAGGGCUGCAUGGCCCAGAUCUUCUUCUUCCACUUUCUGGGAGGCGCCAUGGUCUUCUUCCUCUCAGUCAUGGCCUAUGACCGCCUUGUUGCCAUCUCCCGACCCCUCCACUAUGUGACCAUCAUGAACACACACCUCUGUGUGGGACUUGUGGUGGCUAGCUGGAUAGGAGGAUUCGUCCAUUCCAUUGCCCAACUGGCUCUGAUGCUCCCGUUGCCUUUCUGUGGCCCCAACAUCCUGGAUAACUUCUACUGUGAUGUCCCACAAGUGCUGAGACUUGCCUGCACUGACACCACCCUCCUGGAGUUCCUCAUGAUCUCCAACAGUGGGCUGCUGGAUGUCAUCUGGUUCUUUCUCCUCCUAACCUCCUACUCAGUCAUCCUGGUGAUGCUGAGGUCUCACUCUGGGCAAGCGAGGAGGAAGGCAGCUUCCACUUGCACCACCCACAUCGUCGUGGUGUCUAUGGUUUUCAUUCCAAGCAUUUACCUCUAUGCCCGGCACUUCACCCCCUUCUCCAUGGACAAGGCUGUGUCCAUCAGCCACACGGUCAUGACCCCCAUGCUCAACCCCAUGAUCUACACCCUGAGGAACCAGGAGGUGCAGGCAGCAGUGAAGAGACUAGGGAGGCGCCGGCUGGUUUGUAAAAGGGAGUGACAAUGAGUGGGUCACUUCUCUCUGGCUUUGUUUCCCAUUUGUAAAAUGGAGGGAAAGCUACUGUGUCUGCUGGCUAUCUUCAUAGCUUGUGCAUAUGUUGUGGAGGUCAUCAUAGAAGUGAGUGAGUUUUGAAACUAAGCAACUGACUCAGAUUUUUGGGAAAAAGAGAAAAGUCCCCUUUGGUGGCUAAGGUUUGUGCCAGGUUUCUAAAACCCCUGCUCACUGAGAAGUGUUCUCAUGACUCUGGAAAGCUACACCCUUCUUUCCCCCUUCUUGGGGGGUCGUUUCCUCUUGUGAUGAGGGCAUUUCCCCCAGCGAAGGCACUUCUAGUUUAUGUGUUUUGACUUCUCUUCCCAGCACCCCUUUUGACCUGUGUCCAGAGUGUUAGAGAAAGCACACACCUUGAAGACAUAGCCUUAGCUUGGGAGCCUUGACCCAUAUGUUACCAGACUGCUGACCUUGGAUAAGCUACCUGGCCUCUCUUGAACUCAUGGAUUCCUCCUCACCAAACUGGCAUAAAGCAAUAUCUGUCCCAAUAAUCUCACAGAUUUGUUAUAAGAUCCAAAACGUGUAUAAGAAUAUUUUAUCAACCUUACAUAGAACCUAUGUGAGGGUUAUUGUCAUUGUUAUGAUUAUUCCUGACAUAUAUUUUUUCAUGGGUUGAGCGGUGUUUUGGAAGUGUUUGGUGGCGAUUCCUCAGUGCGGUGAGGGAGGCUUGGAGAGGGUGGGAGCUGAACUCCAGAGGGCCAUGCAACAUGCUCAUGAGUGAGUAUAAAUUCAGGGGCGUGUCUGCACGACUCUGACUACCAUCAGAGCCUGCCAUCUACCCAUUAAACCCCAUUUUCAGACUCAACACUUCUUGUAAACAGGAAUGGGAAGAUCCAUUCAUUUGUUCAUUCAUUCAUUUUUGUAAAGAUACAUUUGGGGCCUGCUGCAUUACUUUAUGCAUAGACAGUGCUCUGUAACAGUUUGCUGGCUCUCUGUUUCUCUUUAUCCCCAUCCCUUUUUCCUUCUCUACCUCCCUGCAUUGAUUUCUGCCAGUUCAGUCUUUACAUCCAUCUGGGCUUUCCCUCCAUCCCCAGUUCACUGGUGUUCCUUGCUUCCUCUCUUCCUAAACCUCAUUGCCAUGCACCCAUCAUAUCUUUCCUUCACUAUCACACUGGGGCUUUGGGGUCAGGUUGUUAGAGUUGAAGAGAAGAAAUAGGUUAUGGUUAGAGUUGCAAGGGGUUGCAACCCCGACAACUUUCAAUAAAAAGAGGAGGUUUAAAGUUCUCUCUGAAGUUGCAUAUUGUGGGUAUAAGAAGCUGUCAGGACUGACACAGCUGGUCUCUCUUUUCCCUCCCUCCCUCCUAAUGCGGUCACCUUAUAUAUGGCUCAGAU